AUGAUGCGCCCACCGAUUAUUCUGCUUAAGGACGGGACUGAAAACAAGCAAGGCAAGGGUCAGAUCGUUUCCAACAUCAAUGCUUGCAUGGUUGUUGCCGACAGUGUCCGUACCACCUUGGGUCCACGCGGUCUUGACAAGCUGAUCGUCGACAGCAAAGGCCACACCACCAUCUCUAAUGACGGAGCCACUAUUCUCAAACUUUUGGAUAUCGUCUUCCCAGCAGCCUCCACAAUGGUUGAUAUCGCCCGAUCCCAAGACGCUGAAGUUGGAGAUGGAACCACUUCUGUUGUCAUACUGGCUGCUGAAAUCCUGAAACAGAUGAAGCCAUUCAUCGAGGAUGGAGUUCACCCACAACUUCUGAUCCGUGCUAUCGGAAAAGCUUGUGAAAAGACGCUGAAAGAGUUGGCCAACUUGGAAAUCAAGAUCAGUGGAGAGGCUGAGCUCCGUGAGAUGCUCGUCAAGUGCGCUGCUACCACUUUGAGCAGUAAACUUGUGAGCCAAGAGCGUACUUUCUUCGCUAAUAUGAUUGUUGAUGCCGUCAACACUUUGGAUGCUCAUCUUCCAUUGAACAUGAUUGGAAUCAAGAAAGUUAAUGGAGGAAAUUUGCAUGAGUCCCGUCUCGUCAAAGGAGUUGCUUUCCAAAAGGCAUUCAGCUACGCUGGAUUCGAAAUGCAACCAAAGAAAUAUACCGGCGUCAAAGUCGCUCUUCUCAACGUGGAGUUAGAACUCAAGGCUGAGAAGGAAAACGCUGAGAUGCGUCUGACGAACGUUUCCGAUUUCCAAGCUGUUGUUGAUGCUGAGUGGAAUAUUCUUUACGAUAAACUCCAAAAAAUCGCUGAUUCUGGAGCUAACGUCGUCCUUUCAAAGCUUCCAAUUGGAGACGUUGCAACUCAAUGGUUCGCUGAUCGUGAUAUGUUCUGCGCUGGAAGAAUCCCACAAGACGAUCUUGACCGUUUGAUGGCUGCUUGUGGAGGAAGUGUUCUCACCACAGUGUCCCAAAUCGAGGAUUCCGUUCUCGGAAAAUGCGGAAAGUUCUACGAACAACAAGUUGGAAGUGAGCGUUACAACUUCUUCGAAGAGUGCUCUAAACAUCAAGCAUGCACGCUUCUUCUUCGCGGAGGAGCUGAACAAUUUAUUGCUGAGACUGAGAGAUCCCUUCAUGAUGCCAUUAUGAUUGUUCGACGAGCAAAGAAGAACGACUCGAUUGUGGCGGGAGGAGGUGCUAUCGAAAUGGAAUUAAGCCGUUUAAUCCGUGAUCAGGCACGUACCAUCGAAGGAAAAGAUCAAGCUUUCUGGAUGGCAUAUGCUCAAGCUUUUGAGAUGAUUCCUCGCCAACUCUGCCAAAAUGCCGGUCUUGACGCUCUCGAUGUGCUGAACAAGUUGAGACAUCGCCAUGCUCAAGGAGAGAAAUGGGCUGGAAUCGAUAUUCAUCGUGAAGCUGUUGGAGACAAUCUUGUUGCUUGCGUGUGGGAGCCAAGUAUUGUGAAGAGGAAUGCCAUCACCGCUGCGACCGAAGCUGCGUGUCUCGUCCUUUCUAUUGAUCAAACCGUCAAAAAUGCACGCUCACCUUCCGGAGGACAAAUGCCAGGACUUCCAGGAAUGUAA